AGGGACUCUCGCGACCGCUUGAACAUAGGACUCUUUUUCUUUGAUAGCGCCGCGCGCGCUGUUGCAUUUUCAUAAUUCAUUUAGAUAUGCGACCCUGAAAAGCUAACUCUGACAUUGCGCGACUUUUCAAAGUUUGACGGUGAUUACUGAACUGCAUAUACACUCGUAUUUUCCGGUAAAGUACAGCUGGAACAACAAUCGCCAUCGUUUUAUUCAUUGCCUCACCAGCUGCACCCGUUGUUAUCAACUGGUAGAUACACUACAACUGCUUUUGCUUCCGACGUUAAAAACACCUGAUCAGAAUACAGCGUCGUACUUCUUGUACAGCAUCACAGCCAUGAGUCGGAAACUGUCUAUUGCGGCCGCCGUCUCCUCGGUGGUGGCGAGCAUGAUCGGGGCGGGGAUCUUUGCCUUGCCCGGUGGUGUCGCCAUGUCCGGUUUGAUCGCGGGACUGGGUGUGAGUCUGGUUCUGGGUUGGUUUCUGUUCACGAUCCCGGCACUGGCGCUGGCCAAGGCCUGCGACCUGUGCGAGGAGCUUGACGACCUGGAGGAGGAGCUGAAACCCGAGAACUUCGGGGAAAACAAGAAGAGUCGGCGGGAGCUGCUGCAGGAGGCCAAGACCGUGCUGCUGCCGGCCGAGGAAGAAUCGAAGUACCAGGAGCGGCGCGGCAGCCGCUUGUCGGCAUCACGGGUGUCGCAGGGCAGCGCGGGGGGCGAGGAGGGUGCCGCGGCCACCUCCGCAUCCCGACGCCAAUCCCGCACCUACCUCGGGAGCAAGCCCGUCGUGGACGGGUUCAACCAACCCGAGCUGCGGGAGCGGGUCUCUGUCGUAGUCGGAUCGCACAUAGACGCUAACGGCCGAGAAUCUGUCACCAUCGUCGAAGAAGAUAAAAAGUACUAUGAAACAACUGCUUAGAGCGGGGUAACAAAUUCAGGUGAUUUGUGGUCAUCCCACUUUUCACCCGCCCGGCCGGGUGGGUGAAAAGUGGGACGGAGCCGGAUCCACGCGCACGCGCACGGAGAAAAGCAAGAUCCGGCAGUCAGUCGGUCAUGAUCCUGGUUCUGUCCCACGUUUCGCCCACCCGGCCGGGCGGGUGAAAAGUGGGAUGACCACAAAUCACCUUAAUUUGUUACCCCGCUCUAUAUACUUCUAGAUCCUUCUACUUGGUGCUGCUGUCUUAUUCUUUGGUGCAUGAUAUUUCUUAAGUCCGAGGCUACAGUAUUAACGUUGUAAGUAGCUGUCGGAAGUCCUCUCUUCGUGAUCUAAUACUCAUAUAGGGGCCUCUAGAAGAAGAAGAUGAAGAUGUAGAUGAUAUGGAUCUGCUUAUGUGUGGUUCCAACCGAAAUUCAUAACUUUUCCCAACUAUUCGCAGGAUCUAUCUGUUGGGCGAUGUAGCGGAGCGCGCCUUCAGUUUUGAGGGCAGCAAGAUUCGGUGGGGGAAAGUGGCCCGGUACGCGGUGAACAUCUUAUUACAGUGAAAACUGCCCCCACCCCCGAACAUGGGAGCAUUUGUAUUGCAAACCUUUCCAAAUGAAACAUUUGCCCUUUUGCAUCUAGCAGCAUCACAGAUUUCCGAUCGUGAAUAGCAAAGAUUUGUAUUGCAAAGGAUCCCAGCAAGAGCGGCGCUUGUCAUGCAAGCGAUGCGAUACACGCCUAGACUCUGCAGCAGAAAGAUUCAUACUCCUUUCAUGCAUGACAAAAAGUUUUCAUUUGGAAACUUCGCAUUACAAAUUUAUGCAACUUUGGGGGGUGGGGGCAUUUUUCCUCGCGAUACAUCUUGGGAAGUCUCUAUUUGCUGUUUGCGUGUGCGAUCUUCCUUCUUCUCAUGGGCGACGCAGUAGCGAACCUUUUGCAAAGUAAGAGACAGCUGAUGCUUGUCUACUUGGCGUUUCAUCCUAGAUGCUAUCAAAAAUUCAAGACCAGACGUGGCGCAUUUGUGUAUGCAAUGUAAUGAAUCUGGUUCAGGCUGCAUAUGACAUUGUUGUGAGGGUGGUAUUCUUAUCAGCGAAUUAUGAACUUCUAAAACUAAUUGAACACUACUACUACUUACAGACGUCGCACUCAUGCGGGGGGACAGGAGCGAAUAUCUUGCGGGUUCGAAAGAGGCGGUGUGGGCAGAAGCGGUGGUUUUUGCCUUGCUGAUGGCGUGCCUGGUGCAGAUUCCCGACGUUUCUAUUAUCGCACGUGUUUCUUUCAUUGGGACUGGGGCCGCGAUCGGUAUCUGCCUGGUCUUUGUGAUUGCCCCUCUCAUCCUCCACACCGAGCACGGGCUCCCCAAUCCCGCGCCGGGACAGGUAUACAUAGUCAUCGAUUUCGUACAUUAUUUUCAGUGUCAUGGAAGAGAUGUAGAUUUAGGGUUUAGGCUCUAUGCAAGUAGCAGGACGACCGCGUGCGCGACCUCCCGCCUGAGUUUCCGGCUUGUACUAGCUGGAAGAACGGACCUUCAGCAUAGUGCGACGGGACACAGCUACCCCAAUGGACGAAGAUCAAUUACGUGUGUCACAUUUUCAAAAAACAACUUCCACAGUCUCUGGCGACGUGGUACCCCGUAAAGGACGCGAAAAUGAAUCUGGAGGCAUUGCAAAACACGGAGGAGGAGAAAUUCUACUUGUGGGCAAAAGACUCGCGGUAUAGCAGUGUGGAAGGUAGCAAGGGACCCGUUGUCUAUCAGCUUCAGGAUUACGCUGGCAACGCGUUAGGCAGUGCAGAACGCGUCUUGGAGUCGCUCGCGGCCUGCGCAUUCGGCUUCGCUUUUGCCUUGUUGGUGCCGUACGUUCGGGUACUUUACCAGAGUGUUUGUGUCCGACUGAAAAUGGGAUGAAAUAUGAAAUCUCAUUGAAUGAUAUCAGAGCAGGCUUUCGUAGUAGCAACUUGACAUUGUUCCUUUCCGCAUGAUUAAAAAUUUUUAACCGCACAACUACUACAUUGCAGGCCGACCUUGAGGAACCGAAACGGAUGGGCCAGGUGAUUUUGAUCGCGACGAUUUUGACGGCGCUGGUUUACGCCAUGGUGGUUUUCGCGGGGCUUUUAGCGGGUGGCCAGCGCUAUCUGCUGGUGGCCAACAGCAAUAUCUCCAAGGCCCUCAAGUGGUUCGAAACCGAGGUUCGAUGGAGUAAGCAGGGCGAAGCCGGCAGUCUCGACCCGCAACCACCGACGGUAUCUACAUACUUGCAAAUUAUAUACCUUCGAGAUUCAUCUACCAGCUGUUUUGUUUAGAAGAUUAGGCCAAAGAAUGAAGAUUAGGUCAGGGUUGUUUGGGAUCGCUACCUAGUACCAAAAAGUUGGUUUAGAAUACUUUAUCAUGAUGAACACAACUUGAACAGGACGCUGUGAAGAUUACAGAGAUCAGUGGCGUCGAGAUCGGUGGCGAAAAAUACAAUUUCUACCUGACCAAGAACGAAAAGUACUUUCUUGGGGAAGGGAGCAACAUCGGAAAGGGCACCCUGUUGAGCUUCAUCAUGAUGAUUUUCUUGGCCGUCAAGCUCGUGAUUUCGUACCCGCUCACCGUGUGGCCCACGAUUCGCGACGCCGAGAUUGCUGUCCAGAGCACCUGCGGAAAGCGCAAGGCCGGCAGCAAGCCGCAGAAGAACUCGAAGAAGCAAGACGCAAAGGACAGCGACGAGGAGGCUGAGCACGUCGCGGUAGAAGAAAGACCCAUGGACGAGUACGAGGAGUUGCCUUUUCUCACCAAGGCCUUGGUGCGCGUCGCGGUUGUCGCGUUCACCUUUGGUAUUGCAGCCAUCUUCGGGUGCCAGGAGAGCAAAUUGGGCGCGGUGAUGGGGCUGGCCGCGGCCGUGCCGGGCGUGCUGUCGAUGGUGAUGUUUCCGAUGAUCGCCAUCCAGCUGCUGCAGAGGAAACGCCGCCAGCUCACCCAGCAACCAGCGACGGGGAAGGAGAUCGGGGAGAUGGUCUUCCACGCCUUCCUAAUGAUCAUCGCCAUUUCCGUUCUCGUCUACCAGCUGAAGUCGACACCAAAGCAAAUCGCCGACGCCUUCAAAGGCGACGAGGAGCCGCUCGUAUGA